UCUCGUCUUCCAUCACGAUAAUUUUUGCCCUCGAAAGAAAACCGAUUAAAGAGAAAAGAAAACUCGUUCCUCUUUUGAAAACCUAAUCUUGAAUCCGUAAUCCUGUAGUUCCGCAAUCAGGUGUUUUGCAACUCCCUUAUGCUUCUCUUCAUUUCGUAGUUACGCAAUCGACCGUUCUCCAGCUUUUCUCUUCAUAUUUUUUUCUUCUUCUUUUAGGUAUUGUGAUUCGCCUUGAAAGAGAAAAUGGCUACUAGCAUCAACCAUGUGUAUUUUUUCAUUGCAAUUUUAUGCAUUACAUCAGUGUUGAUUCCAGGUUUGAGAAAAAAGAUUCCAGUUGAAAAUGAGUUUCUAGAUCCGUUGCCAUCGGAGAAUUUUCUGGUUUCAAAUUUAGUGAGGAGUUCACAAAUGACACAUUACUUGUUGGAGAAGGAGACUGGAAACACAUUUGGGCUCUCAAAUCUGUUGUGAGGGGUUUUGAAAUUGUGUCCGGGUUGAGUGUAAAUCUGUUCUUAAGGACAUGUUUUCCGAUCUGUUUUCCUUGAGCUCCUCCAUGAAAUUGUGUCCGGGAGGAGAAUCAAUACCGAAAAUGAGAUAUUGCAUUGAGAGACCACCAUGUCCUGCUAACACCCAAUCAUGUAGGGAUUUUUGUGAAGAAAAAGGAUUUCCUAAGGGUGAAGCCGAGUGUCUAACAAGUCUUUGUUGUUGUACUUAAUAUUGAGUUGUAGCUUCUCAAAAUAUAUGUACACACAUAGUCUUUAUGACUAGUGGAAAAAUAAAUACACUGAUUUCAAUAUUAAAUAAUAGUGUUUGUUUAUUAGACCACCUUAUUUGAUAGUUGUGUUAGAAGAUUCGAUUGUUGGAACUGUGUUCUAAUUCAUGACAUUCUAUUAAUUUAUAUUUAAAUGAUGAAAUUAUGCUCAUUAUCCUACUAAAUAAAAAAACCAAUCCUAUUUAAAAAGCAAUUUGAGUUUUGAAUUAAAACCUUCAAAAGAAAGCUAACCAAACCUUCAAAGGAAGCUAGAGUUGAUAGUAUGUGCAUAGUUCCACGCCACAGCCUUCACCAACGUCCUCCAUUCCACGCCGCGCAGCCGACAACCACCUUACGAGUCCUGCACUUCGCCCCCACUAUCACUUCAUUCUAGCCUCAUCCUUCAUCUUCCCAUCCUCUGUUUAAGAAUCUUCACUGGUAGGGUUUUGUCAAACCUUGAAUUUCCAUUAUUUUUACAUAGCUAUAUUUACAUUAAAUCAAUUAAUUCAUUAUGGAAUUGAGACCCUGAAUAAUAUAUUUGUAAAAUCAUUGUUAGGUUUUUUUUUUAAUAAUGCCAACAUUGAAGGUCUGAACUCUGAAAUGUUUCAACCUUCAAUUUAUGAAUAAUUUGUUUCUUACUCUUUAAAUUUGUUUCUAAUGGAGCAUUAUUGUGUGCUAUUACUAGACAAUUAACCAUUAUAUAUGUUGCUUAAAAAUUAAUUUUGCAUUGAAAUCCCAAUGAUGGUAGGUAGGCUAGAACUAAAUGGGAGUGAUCAAGGAUGGCACAAUCUCCGAGGUCCUACCGGUGCCUCAUGGGUUUCUUGUCCACUAUCCUGGUUAUCCAUCCUCGACCUCCCGUGCUCUUGACACACUGGGUGGAACUCAGGGCAUCCUUAAGGCACGCAGUUCACAAUCAAACAGAUUGGAGCUUAGGUUCCGCCCUAAAGACCCGUGGUCUCAUCCUGCAUUUGGGGAGCGUCGUCCCACUAAUGCUUUGCUUCUGAAAAUAUCCAAGAAGAAAUUUCCUGAUCAUGAUGGUGCCGAAGGUUCUAGUAGUGUGUGUGGAAUGGAGAAUGGGAUGGAAGAAAAUCAUGUAGAAAGUGAGGAUGGAGCUGCGGAUAAAGUAUAUGAAAAGGAAAAUCUCUGUGCUGAUAUUGUUGCUCAUGUUCCCGAGGCUUAUUUCUUUGAAGGAAUGGUGGAUUACCAAUAUGUUGUUCCUGUCCAUGCGGAUGUUGCAAAGAGGAAGAAGAGAAAUUGGUCAGAACCAGAAGAAACAGACUUAGCUAAGGGCAUUCGUAUGGAUGUGGAUCAUGAAGACAUUAUGAUCAUAGUGCCUCCGAUUUUUUCUCCAAAAUACAUGCCAGAAAAUUUAGUCUUGAGACUACCUUCCAUGCCAAGUUCAAAAAAGAAAGACGAUCAAGAAAUUGCACAUCCCCAUUUUGAGAUCGACAGGGAGCCAGUUCUUGCACUUGAUUUUCACAUUAAAGAAAUUCCUAAAAAAGUGAAUUGGGAGGAAUACAUACCACAAGGCUCAAAUCAGUGGGAGUCACAAAUGACCCUAUCUAGAUUGUUUGAUGAGAAACCUAUAUGGUGCAAAAACUCACUUACUGAACACCUGCUCGAUAAGGGCUUAAGCUUUUCACAAGGCAUGAUUAGAAGGCUUCUAUCUAGAAUUGCUUACUACUUUUCGAGUGGACCAUUUCUAAGGUUCUGGAUAAAGAAAGGAUAUGAUCCACGCAAAGAUCCCGAUUCUCGCAUUUAUCAAAGAAUUGAUUAUCGAGUACCAGUUCCAUUGCGAAGUCACCUUGAUACUCACGUGGCCAAUAAAUUGGAACAUAGAUGGAGCGAUAUAUGUGCCUUCCGGACCUUCCCUUACAAGUUCCAGACAUCUUUACAGUUCUUUGAGCUUGUUGAUGAUUAUAUUCAAGCUGAAGUAAAUAAGCCUCCAAUGCAGAUAGGGGUGUGCAAAAUAACCGGUAAGCAAGAACCAAAUUACUAUCCAAAUAAAUCCACAUUUAAAAGUCCAACCCAACUUUAUGUUUACAAACUGGUGGCCCAUUAAAAAAAAUCGGUUACAAACCGGUUUAAGUAUGGGUAUACUCCAAAACCCAUUGUUAAGUAGCAGCAACUUUAAUCUACAUAAACUAAGAUAUCUCCACUUGCAUUGCUUAUUUCAAUGUGAAUUCUAAUUGGUUAAUCCUACAAAACAACCUAUGUAUUAGUUCAUACAUAACAUAUCAUUCAAAUAUAUAUACAAUUCUCAUUUUUACUCGCAUAAAAUAAAUUAGAUAGAAUUAAUUAAUUUUUAAAUUAUGUUACCUGUAUAUGCGUAGCAACAUUAGAAGGACGUCAAGUAGAAUUUUUAGUGUUAUUCGACAAUACAUGUUGGCUUGUAUUUUGAUUAAGUGACGAUAAACCUACAAAUUUUUAGUUAGGCGUUGCAUAUAAUUCAUAGAAUUUAAUUUUAAUAUUUUGAUCAAGAGAUGGAAAUAUUGUUUUUGCUAUAUCAGUAGGCGGAGUUAUGCUGAUUGCUGGAGAUGGAAAUUAAUUUAUAAAAUUGGUUUUAAAACUGUUUUUUUUUAAAGUAAGUAAAAAACCGGUUUUGAGAAAAACCGGUUUUUUAAAAAUUGGUUUAAGGUCCAAACUAAACCAUAUAUAUAAUUUGGUUUGGUUUGGUUUAUGAUCCAUGCACACCCCUAAAUGCAGUUUUAUAGAAACAGUUUUAAGAUCCAAACUAAACCAUAAAUAUAAUUUGGUUUGGUUUGGUUUAUGAUCCAUGCACACCCCUAAAUGCAGAGAACUUGCACAGUAAGAUUUUCUUAUGAAUUAUUAUCUUCGUUUUAUGGCUUAUUCAUUUGUUUUUAAAUUUCAUGUAUUAAUCUACUGUAAUACAAUACAAUACAGAUUCUUUCUGGAAUUGUAUCAGGAGGUGUUGCUGUUUAGUUGAGGACCAUAAACAUGUUUUUUGAGGCAAGCUUUAAUGUUUGUUCAAGUUAUAUAUGAUGGUGGUAAAUUAUCUAGUUUCUUUUUAAAUAUUUUGGUUCUAAAAUUUCUUAGAGUUUUUAAGCUUAAUGUAGUUUACGUCAUAGGUCUCCUAUAGAGUUUUGACUUAAUUGUAGUCUCUAUAGUUUAAUAGAAAUUAGUAACAAACCCGUCAAUACGCACAGACAUGAGUUUUGAUUUAGUAUGCGUAUUUGUUUAUAUAAUAUAUUUAUUUUAAAUCAAAAAUAAAAUUUAAAUCAAGAUUUUUAGAUCAUAAAUACUAUUUUUUGUAUAUAAAAAUAUUUAGAUCAAUAAUAAAUUUUUUCUUGUAUACAAGUAUUAUUUAUGUUUAAGUAUCAUAUAGAAAAAUAUCUGAAUCAAUAGUAAAUUUCCGUAUAUAAAAAUAUUUAAAUUAGUAAUAGAGUUUUUUUCCGUAUACCAUUUUUGAAUCAAAAUGUUUUGGAUUACAAAUACUAUUUUUCAUAUAUAAAAAUAUUUAGAUCAUUAAUAAAUUUUUUUCAUAUACAAAUAUUAUUUAUUUUUAGGUAUCGGUUACAAAAUUAACUGAAUCAAUUUGUAAAUUUUUAUAUAUAAAAAUAUUUAGGUGGUUAGACUGAAAGUGCACUCGUUGAUUUUGUUGAAGUUUUGAAAUGUAACUUUUGCUAUAAUCAUUGUGUUGUAAACUGUAAUUGAACUCUUUGUUUUUGGGUGAGCGGCUAGCAGGAUCCUUGCUACCCUACUUGCUAGAGUUGUCUCUUGUUUUUUUUAUGAUUAAUGUUGUGCUUGUGUUUGGUACUGUUAUGGGGAGUUGAUUUGUGCUUGCAUGUCUUAUGCCAUGUUUUUUAAUCUUAAUUUAUUUGAUCUUUUUUCCUUUAAAAGAAAUAACAAAUUUGUCCUGUAUAUGACAUGAUAAUUUGGAUAUGUGGUUGAAGGCUAUGUUGCCUAGAUAUUCGAUUUCAUAUAGCAUAGUUGAUUAUGUUAUUUUGAAUUGGGAGAUGAAUGUAGUAUGAAAUAUAUUCAUUGAAAUUAUUUGAGAUUUAUUAUUCCGCGUGCGUUAUGUAUAAUGUAUGAAAGUAUAAAGUAUCAAAUUGUAUUACAAGAUGAUUAGUGCAUGUUUUGUAUGUUUGUUUUAGGUUUUCAUUGCGGUGAAAAUAACAGUGACGCCUUUUUGUUUAUGCAUUUUAUUAUAUUCUGUGAAUAUUCGUUAUAAUUGGGGUUUAGAAAAGGGGUUACAUGAGUGGUUUCAACAUCAUCCGUAGGUGUAUUUCUAGAACAUUCACAUACUGUGCAAGUAGUUAUCGUAUAAUUGAAGAAAAUUUCUUUACCCACCUCCCUCUUUUCUUGGCCACCUCUGGUGAAAAACUCAAAAUACCCUUACUUCGAAAAUGCAUUUCCGAAACGCUUUUUUUUUCAAAAUUUGUCUUAUUUCGGAAAUGCACUUCCGAAAACACGAAAAAAAGGUGUUUUCGGAGAUGCAUUUUCGAAAACACCCCCUUUUUGGGUUUUCGGAUAUGCAUUUCCGAAAACACCCCUUUUUGGGAGAGGGGGUGUGUUCGGAGAUGCAUAUCCGAAAUAUUCCAAGACCAAAUUGGUCUUGGAAUGUUUCGGAUAUACACUUCCGAAAUAAUUCAAUAAUUAUUAAAAAAUUAAAAUCAAGGUGAAUCAAUACAAUUAAUAGGUAUAAAAUCAAGGUGAAUCAAAAUUUCCUAAACAAUUUUAAAGUUAAAAAUUAUAUUACUAACUUAUAUAAAUCAAAAAUCAUUUUUUAUUUUUAUAUAUGUUAAAAACAAUUAAAAUGAUAAUUACAAUAAUAAUGGUUAAAUUAUCAUUUAUGGUAGAUUUUAUGAAAUUUUAUUAUUAAAUUGAA